CUGUCGCUUUUUGCCCAAGGCGAAGCGCUGCUGAAACCGUGAAGUUUUUGUCCAUGGCUUAUGAAGCCAAACGAACUUGACUUGCAGGCAGCUUGUCAGACUGGACUUACUUUUAAAGAGAGUCGCCCUUUCUGUCCGUGUUUAGCAGCUGUUUUGCACAGGAAGCAGGUUGAUUGGAGCAAAACUGCCGGGCCUCUUGGUUGUCAAGGUUUCCGGGUUUGGAUGAGCCUCCUCCACUAUUGGUGAUAGCAGUGUGAGGCAGCGCCCCCUCCACAACCCCUCCGGCAGCCAUGCCGCCGCCGGCAGACAUCGUGAAGGUGGCCAUUGAGUGGCCGGGGGCCUUCCCCAAGCUCAUGGAGAUAGACCAGAAAAAGCCUCUCUCGGCCAUCAUAAAAGAAGUGUGUGAGGGGUGGUCCUUGGGGAACCACGAAAACUUUGCUCUGCAGAAUGGUGACUCGACAAAUUUCUACAUAACAGAAAAGAAUCGCAAUGACAUUAAAAACGGCUCAAUCCUGCGCCUGACUACUUCACCUUCUCAGACGGCAGCCCAGCUCCACGAGCGGAUCCAGUCGUCCAGCAUGGACGCCAAGCUGGAGGCUCUGAAAGACCUGGCCAACGCGUCCCGGGACAUCACUUUCGCCCAGGAGUUCAUCAACCUGGACGGCAUCUCCCUGCUCACUCAGAUGGUGGAGAGCGGAACUGAGCGCUAUCAGAAACUACAGAAGAUUAUGAAGCCCUGCUUCGGCGAUCUGCUGUCCUUCACCCUGACGGCCUUCGUGGAGCUGAUGGACCAUGGCAUCGUCUCCUGGGACACUUUCUCUGUGGCCUUCAUUAAGAAGAUUGCCAGCUAUGUGAACAAGUCGGCCAUGGACACGGCGGUGCUGCAGCGCUCCCUGGCCAUCUUGGAGUCCAUGGUGCUCAACAGCCAGGACCUCUACCAGAAGGUGGCGCAAGAGAUCACCAUUGGACAGCUCAUUCCACAUCUGCAGGGGACUGACCAAGAUGUUCAGACCUACACUAUCGCUGUCAUCAACGCUCUCUUCCUCAAAGCCCCCGAGGAGAAGAGACAGUUUGAUGAGCACAAUGUGGACAUCCUUAAUUGUCCCCUAACCGAGAUGGCCCAUAUUCUUGCCCAGAAACAGCUGCGCUCCAUCAUUCUCAGUAAUGUGAUCCGGAGCAACAAGCCCAUCAAUGACGAGAUGGCCCAUCAGCUGUACGUGCUGCAGGUCCUCACCUUCAACCUGCUGGAGGACCGCAUGAUGACCAAGAUGGACCCUCAGGACCAGGCUCAGAGGGACAUCAUCUUUGAGCUGCGGAGGAUUGCCUUUGACGUGGAGUGUGAGCCCAACAACAGCGGCAGCAUUGAGAAGCGCAAGUCCAUGUACACCCGCGACUACAAGAAGCUCGGCUUCAUUAACCAUGUGAAUCCGGCUGUGGAUUUCACCCAGAUUCCUCCAGGCAUGCUGGCUCUGGAUAACAUGCUGUAUUUUGCCAGACACCACCAGGACGCCUACAUCAGGAUUGUUCUGGAGAACAGCAGCCGAGAGGACAAGCACGAGUGUCCGUUUGGCCGCAGCAGCAUCGAGCUGACCAAGAUGCUCUGUGAGAUUCUCAAAGUUGGCGAGCUUCCCAGUGAAAACUGCCAUGACUUCCACCCCAUGUUCUUCACCCAUGACCGCUCCUUCGAGGAGUUCUUCUGCAUCUGCAUCCAGCUCCUCAACAAGACCUGGAAGGAGAUGAGGGCCACUAGCGAAGACUUCAACAAGGUAAUGCAGGUGGUGAGGGAGCAGAUCAUGCGAGCGCUGACUCUCAAGCCUAAUUCCCUGGACCAGUUUAAGAGUCGCCUGCAGAACUUGAGCUACACUGAGAUCCUGAAGAUACGCCAGUCUGAAAGGAUGAACCAGGAAGACUUCCAGUCCCGCCCCAUCAUGGAGCUGAGGGAGAAGAUCCAGCCAGAGAUAAUGGAGUUGAUCAAACAGCAGAGACUCAACAGGCUGUGCGAAGGAACCUGCUUCAGGAAGAUCAGUAGCCGCAGGAGGCAAGAUAAGUUUUGGUAUUGUCGCCUGUCUCCUAACCAUAAAGUCCUGCACUAUGGGGAUCUGGAGGAGAGCCCCCAGGGCGAGGUGCCCCACGAUUCUCUACAGGACAAAUUGCCUGUGGCUGAUAUCAAAGCUGUUGUCACCGGCAAAGACUGUCCUCACAUGAAGGAGAAGGGAGCCCUGAAGCAAAACAAGGAGGUGUUAGAGCUGGCCUUCUCUGUCCUCUACGAGUCUGACGAGUAUUUAAACUUUAUUGCUCCUGACAAGCAUGAGUACUGUGUGUGGACAGAUGGUCUGAAUGCCCUCCUCGGUAAGGAGAUGACCAGCGACUACACCAAAUCAGACAUGGACACCCUCCUCUCCAUGGAGAUGAAGCUCCGCCUCUUGGAUCUAGAGAACAUCCAGAUUCCUGAGGCUCCACCCCCAAUUCCCAAAGAGCCUAGCAACUAUGACUUUGUUUAUGACUGUAACUAAGCAACCGACCCACAAGCCCCAACCCAACACCUACCCAGCACCUACUGUACUCACUGGACCAAUUCCCUUUCUUAAAAACUGGAAACAAACAAACAAAAAAAAAUGAAUAAAACCAUAUUGUAAAAUGAACUGUGAUUGGAAGAAAAGGAUUUACUAUUUUCCUCUUGCUUCUUGCUAGACCUCCUUUUUAAGAGAGAAAACGGUGCAUAUUAAUAGGCUGCACUUGAGUGACUCGGGUUGAUCCGGCUUUGACGCGGCGCUUUGCUGAGUCAUCACGUUGCCAUGGGGAGAGAGAGAGAAACCAGGAAGUGUUCGUGUUUGGCCUGUGUCGUCGGCCCGGUCGUCCUGCGUCCUCUCCCUCCCUCUGUUGUGUGUGUCUGAUGUCGCCAACCCAAACGUCGCUCACUUCUCGACUGAGGCACCCGCUGUCAUUUUGCUUGGAGAUUGUUGUAGAGAAAUGCUUAGAAAUUCUAUUUGACUCAGCUUUUCUGGUUGUCCUGUUUUGUUUUUUUGUUUUUUUUUUUUUUUUGGUUGUUUUUUUUUUUUAAUGUUUAUUUUAUUAUUUUUUCCUCAGGCUGUUAUUGAAAAACAGGGAGGGAAGGGGGGAAGGGGGAGGGGGGUGUCAGGGAUCUGGACAGGGCCAUUUUGCAAGUGGUUGUGUCGUUCUGCAGGCAGGGAGGGACCGGGUUGCCAUUUGGGGGGGGGGGGGGUUCAUCGGCUUUCCAACAGUAUUUCCUGUCACAUUCCCAUUUAUUUGCGGCAGCUAUAUGUUCAGAGGAAGGAAGGAAGGUUCAACUGAAUUUAAGGUCAAAUUUUUAAGUAUGAACUUGUUGAAAAUUGUCCCCUAUAUACGCUCUGUCCGUACUUCACACAUACUGAAGACUGUUACAACAAGUGAGUCGAUCGUCACAGCCCAGGCACUGUAAUGCAGUGAAAUGCCUCUUUUGAAUAUUCUGAUGGUAAUAUUAUCCCACAUGCUGCUUAUAGCAUAUUGUACACACACAUAGACAACUGUAAAAACACCAUUACAAAAGCCACACACACACUCUGUCCCUCAUUGGAUUCCCUCUCGUUGUAUCGACUGCUGUACACGACAUUCCAAAGCAAUAUUUGAGCUUUUUUCUGUUUGUUUGUACGAUGGUCAUGAUUUAGUGAUUUGAAAUUGUGAAAACUGCCAAGUCGUUGGUAUUUUAAAGAGGAUGUUUAGUGUUUUGGUCAAGGGAAGCUGUCCUUUUGUGUUCAGGACCAUAUGGCCACAAAAAAAUUUGAAGGUUUAUGUAUUUUUUUAAUUUAAAAAAAAAAAAAAGAAAACAGAUCAUGGUUGUUAUUUCUAGUAUGAUUUAUAUAUUUUCUCCUUCCUAUUUAAUACCUGAAGAUGUUUUUUUUCUUUUUUUCUUUUUUUUUUUUCCAAAGCCCCUCAAACUGCUGUUUACAUUAAAGAUUUAUGGACCGUA